AUGCACGUUCGCAACCUCUUCCUGUUCGGACCUCUGGCGAUGCCCAUCGUGGCCAUGCCUACACCUGCUAGCAAUGUUGUCCUACGUGAUGACGUUGCGGUCGAACAACGAGGGCCUUUGAUCGCUCGGCUUUAUCGAGAUCUUUUCAAGCGAGAGCCAUUGGUCGAAGCCAUCCCGAGCGAGUCCUCGUUGUAUGAAGCAGUCGAAGUGGAGGCAAGGGACGAGAACGAAGACGAGGUUGAGUUGCUGGACGAAACGUUAGACAACACUUCUAGUGGAGAUGCUCCUGUUAGUCUGGACGAAAGGGCAUACAAGAAGAAGCCAGGCGGUUCAAGUAAGAGGUCAUACAAGAAGAAGCCCGGUGGUGCAAGCAAGAGGUCGUACAAGAAGAAGCCCGGUGGUGCAAGUAAGAGGUCAUACAAGAAGAAGCCUGGCGGUGCAAGCAAGUGA